AUGAAAGAAUGGGAUGUUGUCUUUAACAAACCAAGAGCAACAAUAGUGUCUGAACAAGAAUGUAGACAGAAACUUAAGAAAAUAAAAGUUGUACAAGUUGGAAUGAAGAUGUUAGAUGCUUGGGAUAUCUUAUUGUCAAAGUUAGAAGAUUUUUCAGUUCGUGGUAUAAAGUUCUAUACACCUUCUCCAAACUUCUAUUCUAUCUUCACUGGAUAUAAAUACGAACAAGUAGAAUGGAAAGAAAAUAUUAUAGAAGCUUGGUUAGACCAUGUCAAAGAAAUUAUAUGCAAUGGAAACGAAAGAGUCUAUGAGUAUAUCUUAUGUUGGUUUGCAAACAUCUUACAACAUCCAAGUGCUAAAAAUGAAACUGCUCUCAUUAUAAUUGGAAAACAAGGAACUGGUAAGAACACAUUCUUUACAGAUAUUUUGUGCAAACUGUUAGAGGGCUAUUCGAACCCUAAUAUGACAAACUUAGAAAACAUCUGUGGCAAGUUUAACUCCUCAAUAGAGAAUAUGAAACUUAUAGUUUGCAAUGAACUUCAAAGUAUAGAUACAACAAAAGUUUUGAACUCAGAUGCUUUGAAGAGUCUUAUAACAGACAAAGUUGGAGUU